UUGAAGAUUAAAAAAUCAUUGAAGUUUUUAAGAAUGUGCCACAUUUUAUCAUAAAAUAAAGUAAACUUUAGUGAUAUACUUUUAUAUUUUUUAUGAUUUUUUGGGGAGUUGGAUUAAAUAAAUAAGCGAAGGAUAUUUAAGAAAUUGCUUUUGAAGCUUUAUUAUGCAAAAAUUAUUGAAUAUUGUAUGUUUUUAUAGGAAUUUUUCUGUGAGAUCUGAAAGAUUUGCAUUUUUUCUGAAAAAAAAGGUUAUUUAUUCAUUUAUUAAGAUGUCUGUUCAACGUUUAUCAUCUACAUGUUCAAGUGAAGAAAAAAUUGAUGUUUUCCCCAAUAAUAAGGAUUCAAAACAAAUUGUUGAACCGAAAAAAUACCGUUAUUGGAGUUAUUUGGAUAUUAAGAAUAGUCGAGGUAAACCUCAAGCUAAGAUACAUUAUAUUUUGAAAUUAUCUGGAGUACAAAAUGCAAUAUCUCUCCUUAAAGGGCCGUAUCUUGGAUUUGACAUGGAGUGGAAGCCCCAUGGAGAUUCUAAAAUUGCUAUUAUUCAAUUGAGUGAUGCAAAUUCUAUUGUAUUAUUUCAUUUAUCUCAAAUGGAUUUAGAAGGGACAUUUCCUGGUCCUCUUAAAGAUCUGCUGGAAAAUCCUUAUUUUAUAAAAUGUGGUGUCGGUGUGAGAAAUGAUGGUUAUAAGUUAUAUAAGGAUUUUGGUAUUAUCGGGUCUGGAUUUUUGGAAUUAAGUCAAUUAGCGAUUACCGUUGAUAAAGAUAAAUGGGAUCCUAGUUUACGUCUUAUAGGCCUUACAAGAUUGGCCGAGGAGUAUCUUGGAAAACCUCUUUUUAAAGGCAGUGUAAGAUAUAGUAAUUGGGAAGAUGAACUAAUUUUUAAACAAAUGCAUUAUGCUGCUACAGAUUGUUUUGCAGGACUUAAAAUAUUUGAAAGACUUAAUGAUUUAAGACAAUCUUCUGAUGUCCCUUUAAAUAUUCCAGAACUUAUUGAUAUGCAUUUAGAUCCUUCUGUUAUUGAUGAUAUCCAAAAAAAAGAGAAAAAUAUAUUAUUACAGCUUAAAAAAAAUUUAUAA